AUGCAUCCACGAAACAGAUACAAGAAUAAUCCGCCUGACUUUAACAUACUUGCUUAUAAAUACGCGUCUUUUUAUCCAUUUGUAAAGUAUAAAAUAAAUGGAGAAGCAUAUAUUGAUUUUAAAGAUCCACUUGCUGUACAAAAGCUUACAUAUAUCCUUUUGCAACAUGAUUUUGACCUUAAGCUUGAUAUCCCGUUGGAUACUUUGUGUCCGAUGGUUAAAAGAUUACUUCAAGAUUCAAGAUCUUGUUCUGUUGAUCUAAACCAUAUUUUAUAUUUAUUCGAGAAUAGACUGAAUUAUAUCCAUUGGUUGGAAGAUUUGAUUUCAUAUACUGACGAUGAUGAUCAUGGAGAAGUAUACGGGUUUGACAUAGGUACUGGGGCAUCUUGCAUAUACCCAUUACUAGGUUGCACUCUUAACAAACAUUGGAAAUUCGUGGCAACUGAUAUAAGUGAACGAAUGAUAAAUCUUGCCGAGGCGAAUGUUGAACGAAAUAAUCUCCAAGCUCGAAUAACAAUCAUAUUAAAAUCAAAAGAAUCAAAACUUUUGCUUGAUGCCAACGAUGAAACUAAAAACUUGAAUAUUCAACGAUUCUCUUUUUGCAUGUGCAACCCGCCAUUUUACGAAAGUCAAGAACAAUAUGAAGCAGGAAUGAUGUUUAAAAAGAAACAAUCUUCUGCGACCUCCACAGGCUCACCUGAAGAAAUUUUUACAAAGGGGGGAGAAUUUGGAUUUAUUAAGCAAAUCCUUGAUGAGAGUUUGAUGUUAAGGGAGAGAUUCAGUUGGUAUACAUCGAUGAUUGGGCGAAAAGAAACUAUUAAUAAAAUUAUUGAUAAUUAUGUGUUGACUGAAUUUUGUCAAGGACAAACAAGACGAUGGGGAAUUGGUUGGUCAUUUGGGAUUCAUCGGCCUCCAUCAAACAUCUCACAGCCUUCGUCGAGAAGACUUCGUAAAGUAGGACCUUCAAUGACAGAGUUUACUACGCAAUGGACUAUAGAGAUUAACAGUCUCUUUGAGUACUUGGAUACGCUAUUUAGAGCGCUCGAAAUCGGAGGUGCUUGGACUACGGCAACAAAUACGUUUAUUGGGAAUGCACCUACUAAUACGUGGUCACGAACAGCAAGGCGACAACGAGAAAGAGCAAAAGCAGCACAACAAUCACAACAGCAAAUGAAUAUGGAAACUGAUAGCGAACCAUUAUUCGAAUUCCAGUGUCACUUGGAGCAGGCGGAAGCACGAAAUGGUAAUAAUGUUAAUGGUUCAAUUGCAAAGAUGACAAUGUCAUGGACAAGUGGAAACGAAAGAAGUAUAUUUGAAGCUUUCUAUUUGCAUGUAAAGAGAAGAAUUGAGGAAAAAUUUGGCAAGAGUGCUUUGCGACCUUGA